GACAGGAGCCUCGUUCGAAAGAUAACUCCGCUUGUUUUCCUUAUCAAGAUUAAUAUUAUACGUACGCCGAUAAAAAUAUCAAAACCGCUGAAACUCAACGCUAGUGGCGCUGAGAGUGAACGAUCGUACGCUUCAUGUUCUUGAGGUUUACAAUAGAAUUAAAACAAACGAAAAAUGUUAGAAAAGUUUUAUAGCACCGUCAAGUAUUCGUUGGUUUCAGUGAAUUUCUUGUUCGUGAUAACUGGCAUAAUUAUAUUGGCUAUUGGCAGUUCAGUGCAGAGAGCGUAUAAUGGAUACCAUUCCUUCCUUUCGGAGAGGCUUCUGUCUCUACCAGCGUUUUGCAUUGCCACGGGUAUUAUCAUAUUCAUUAUCGCAUUCGCUGGAUUCUAUGGAGCUUACAGGGAAAACUACUUAAUGAUAAUGGCGUAUGCUGGUUUGAUGGUGUUGAUGUUCAUAUUUGUGAUGUCGGCAUGCAUAGCUGGGUAUGUACUGAAGAGGGACGCCGUCGCUUUAGUACAGACCGAGUUGUACGAGACGAUGCCUAUGUAUAAGCAAGAUUAUAUCGUCACCAGGCUAUGGGAUGAGGUCCAGGAAGACUUCCGAUGCUGCGGAGUAAAAAAUGCCAGUGACUGGUUGCCAAUCCUCGAUACACAAAAUUCGAUAGGUCUGCCAGUGAGCUGCUGUGAGUUACCUGUGGGUGCGGUACAGAUCUUAAACUGUACUGUCGAAGCGACCACUCUCUACCGAGGAGGCUGUUCGGAUGCAUUUGGCAGUUGGGUUCAGUCACACAUAGGCACGAUCGGCGUUGCUGGAAUAUUCCUAAUAAUUUUACAGGCUUUAGCGGUUGGUGCCUCAAUAUGGCUAGCAAAGGUGUCGAGAGACGAGCAAGCGGCCUAUCCUUAAAGCUAAAACACUUUAGUGCUUUUUUAGUACCACAAAUGUUCAUAGGAUUAAAAAUAAU